UUAUCAGUAUUACAUUCUUACUUUUAAGUAUUUUCAUUGGUUGGGGAAAAGAGAAGUGGCGGCUGUGAACCCCAGGAAGAACCAGCCAUGAAGAAGUUGAUUAACUUCUUCACUAAGGAAAAACCUUUUGAAGAUCCGAGGGUGUCGGGUCCUGGCCCGCCCAGGUACCACACCUACUACGAGCCUCAGAAUAAGGUCCACGAGGCUGCAGCCUUCGGAUUUACAGGCCUCUUGGAACUUUACCUGAAGCGCAAGGAGUCUUACAGGGGCAAAACAGAUGUGAAGAAGAGGACUCCCCUUCACUAUGCUUGUGUAUAUGGCCAUCUGGACGUUGUGAAGCUCUUGAUUAAGCGGAAAUGCAGUGUUAAUGCAGUGGAUUUGCGCCUUGUCUCACCUCUCAUGAAGGCUGUUCAGUGCCGAAAUGAGGAAUGUGCAAAAUACCUUCUCCGACAUGGUGCUCUGACGAACAUAGCGGACAACACAGGCAGCACGGCUCUGCACUAUGCAGUCUACAAUGGGGACAUAAGCCUUGCUUCAAUGCUGCUGAAACACCGUGCAGAUAUUAACUUGGAGAACGAGAGGCAACUGCCACCACUUUUACUGGCUCUUCAACAAAAACAGGAGGAGAUGGCAAUAUUCUUAAUCAAUAACAAUGCCAACAUAUUCAUAUGUGAUAAGGUGUUAAGGACCAGCCUCAUCUAUGCUGUUAGAUAUGAAUUAGCAAAGGCUGCAGAGGUUUUACUUGAGAGAGGUGUAUCUGUCAUGGCAAGAGAUGGUUAUAAUCUCACGGCCAUUGAAUAUGCAGUUGAAAAUAAAAGUAAGAUUCUUCCAUUGUUGUUGGCUUACGCCAAGAAGAGGAGAACAACUUCAGAUGAUAGCGACACAUCAUCAACAACAGAUAAAGAGGAAAUAGCAGAAGACAAGAAAACCAGUCAUGGUGGCAGCGAAAAUAAUCAGACAUUGAGAAAAUCCACAAAGCAAGAAAUAGAAACCGAAGAAAGUAAGAAGAUCCAAGCUGCAGCAACAGAUGAACGGAAAAAAGCAGAAGACAAGAAAACCAGUCAUGAUGGCAGGGAAAAUAAUCAGAAAUUGCAGAGAAAAUCCACAAAGCAAGAAAUAGAAACCAAAGAAAGUAAGAAGAGCCAAGCUGCAGCAACACAUGAACGGAAAAAAGCAGAAGACAAGAAAACCAGUCAUGAUGGCAGAGAAAGUAAUCAAAAAUCGGAAAAAUCCACAAAGCAAGAAAUAAAAACCAAAGAAAUUAAGAAGAUCCAAGCUGCAGCAACAGAUGAACGGAAAAAAGCAGAAGAUAAGAAAACCAGUCAUGAUGGCAGAGAAAGUAAUCAAAAAUCGGGAGAAGCCAGAAAGCAAGAAACGAAAAACAAAGAAAGUAAGGCUAUCCAAGCUGGUAAGGUUGCAAAUAUGUGUGAAUAUUACUCCAUUCCAAACUCUCUUCCAAGAAGUGUAAGUGUACAAAUGCACAACAGUCUUCAUUUUCUUUAGUUUUUUUCUCUGUUGCUGAUUCUCUGCACCCCAGUGCUUCCUGAAAAUGCUUCAACCCUCUGAAAUACAUGC